AUGGUGAGUGAUUCGGCGAAAACCCUUGCACUGAUCAUUACGGCGAUCAAAAAUCUUCGCGAACUGAAAGGUUCGACAUUGCGAGAAAUUUUGCAUUAUCUCUCGUCCGUUCACGAUGUCCCUUCAACUACAGCGCGCCGUCAGAUACAAACAGCUUUAAAACGCGGCGUGGCGUACGGUUUCCUGAAGAAAACUGGCGACCACUACAUUCUGCCUAUGAGUGACGACCUGAAAUGCCAAGAGAUCGCCGAGCAGGAGGUGAAUCUGUUGGACGUUUGUCGGAAGAAUAAGAUUCAGCGAAAGCUGGGCUGCAAGUGCAAGAAGAAGCGACGAAAGCGUAGGAAACGGAAGAGGAGGUUCUGCAGGUGCAAGAAAAAGACGAUGCGGAGGAGGAGACGAAAGCGAAGCAGAGGUUGCGGAAGAAGGCGGAGGAGGAGGAGGAGGAAGAGGAAGUGCAAAUGUGGCGGUUUGGGAAGCAGGCGGGACAGAAAUCGGGGGAAAAGGUGUGGGCCUGAUAGAUUGCAGCCACGUGAAAGAUAUUCCAAAGAGAGAUAUUUGGGACCAGCAUACGAGGCCUACGAUUCCGCAGCUAGCCAGAGGAGCUCUGUAUCCACAAUUUCUUCGAUGACGGACUAGAAACGUGC